UUUAGUGAGCGCCCGGAUGCUGUCUCCAUGGUAACAGGCGGAAGUCAGCGUGUCAGCUGUCUGGGUAGCUAAAGAUGGCGACUGAGGCGGAGUACGAGUCAGUGCUGUGUAUAAAGCCUGAAAUCAACGUGUACCGGAUCCCACCGCGGGCAUCGAACCGAGGAUACAGAGCCUCUGACUGGAAACUCGACCAACCCGAUUGGACAGGGAGAAUGAGACUCACCUCCAAAGGGAAAGUUGCUCUCAUCAAGUUGGAGGACAAAGUGUCAGGAGAACUUUUUGCUCAAGCGCCCGUUGAUCAGUUUCCUGGAAUUGCAGUGGAAACAGUGACAGAUUCCAGCCGCUACUUUGUUCUCAGGAUUCAAGAUGGAAAUGAAAAAGAAAAAGGAAGAAGCGCCUUCAUUGGCAUUGGCUUCUCUGAUCGGGGAGAUGCCUUUGACUUCAAUGUAGCUUUGCAAGAUCACUUUAAGUGGGUCAAGCAGGAAUCUGACUUAUCAAAAGAACCUGUGGGACAGGACAAUCAACCCAAACUCGAUUUAGGAUUCAAAGAAGGUCAGACGAUCAAGCUUAAUAUUGGGCACAUGAAAAAGAAGGAUGGCUCUAGUAAGCCGAGAGCAGGCACUGGAACCGGCAAUAUUACUCUGCUGCCUCCACCUCCUGGGGGUAAAAUUUCUGCACCACCAGUAUCUGUGUUCAGUUCAGCCCCAGUCGCUAAUCAUGUGACUCCCCCACCACUGCAGCCCCCCAAUGCUUCAAGUCCAGACAUCCUACUAGACUUGGACACCCCAGUAGCAGCACCUAAAGCAGCCAGUAGCUCAUCAGACCUUUGGGGGGAUUUCAGUACUGCAGGCAGCAUUGUGUCCUCUGAGGAUCCGCAGCCCACUAGUUGGGUUCAGUUCUAACAGCCGACGAGAGACUCUUCCCUUGUCUCCCCUGGAGAAGAGAAGGGCCCCUCCGCACUCACAGGGGGCCCGGCACUAGAACACAUAUCAUUGUGAUGCUUUCAUUACCAGGCCGGGUGGGAUUCAGAGCUGGUAAUGUGCAGAUUGGCAUCAGGUCACAACUGCAGUUUUAUCCCCCAUUUAUGUGUCUCUUUCCCUUUACGACAACGCUGUUAUGAAGUAGUUUGUUGCUGCAUCUGUCACUUUGCCUCUCAUUGAUAUAAGCAGAGAAAGGGCUGUGUGUCCAUUCUGUCUGUCAUUCCUCCUUGCUGGAUAGAGCCACCAAUCAGCAUCAUUCCUGUGGCAUUACAUUCCGCUAAACUUCGCCCCCUGCCCUUCCCCCGCGCAUGCCGCCUCGCUUCUGAUGGACGGAUUGUGUUUGUCAUACGUGUGGCAGUUGCUCCGCACAAUAAGGGGAGGGGUUUGUCACUAACGGGAGAGGGUGCUGCUCGUGGCACCUGAUUUAAUGUGCAAUUGAUUCAGUUAUUUGAGUAGCCAUAUUUAUCACUCGUCCUCUUGUGGGAGAAAGGGAGAAGCCCCAUAUUUCAUGAACUUAGAUUUGUGUAUUUUUGUUGUUUAACCAUGAAAAUGUAUUUAUUAUGUUGUGAAGGAACAAUAAACUAACUGUACCAUG